GUUCGCUCCUCCGCCCUCCGCUCUGUUCAAUGACGCUUCACAACAUCGCUUUAACCAAAUAAUAAAACACGAAUGAACGCGCGAAUCAGUUACAGGUUUGUAGGGCCUGUUUGACCCAGAAAACUAUGGACCAGCUGUGACCUUGUUGUAAUUCACAUCAUCUCUUUUAUCAACCCUCCGUUCUCCGUGAAGAUGGCAUCAUGUGUUUCCAGCUGCUCUCCAGUGGUGAGGUUCUGUCAGAAGCUGAACAGGCUGAAGACACUGGAGGAGGAUGUAAUGGCAACAUCACUAAAACGUUGUCUGUCAACAGUGGACCUUGCGCUGCUUGGUGUAGGUGGAAUGGUGGGUUCAGGCCUUUAUGUUCUCACAGGAACUGUUGCUAAAGACACAGCAGGACCAGCUGUAGUAGUGUCUUUCCUCAUAGCAGGAGUAGCAUCUCUCAUGGCAGCACUGUGUUAUGCUGAAUUUGGUGCCCGUGUACCAAAGACAGGCUCUGCCUACAUGUUCACCUACGUCUCUGUUGGGGAAAUCUGGGCAUUUCUGAUUGGCUGGAAUGUAAUUUUGGAGUAUAUGAUUGGUGGGGCAGCAGUAGCUCGUGCGUGGAGUGGAUAUCUAGACUCUAUUUUCAAUCACCGCAUCCAGAACUUCACAGAGAGUCAUGUGAUGCGUUGGGACGUGCCCUUCAUUGCUCAUUACCCAGAUCUUUUAGCAGCUGCCAUCCUCCUAGUAGCUUCCUUUUUCAUUUCAUUUGGUGUUCGUGUCUCAUCUUGGCUCAACCACAUCUUCUCUGCCAUCAGUAUGGCAGUCAUUGUUUUUAUCUUGGUUUUUGGCUUUGUACUGGCUGAUCCAGCCAACUGGAGCGCUCGGGAGGGAGGCUUUGCCCCUUUUGGAGUCUCAGGAAUCAUGGCAGGAACUGCAACAUGCUUCUAUGCUUUUGUUGGCUUUGACGUGAUAGCGGCUUCCAGUGAGGAGGCCAGCAAUCCUCAGAAGGCUGUUCCUGCAGCGACUGCAAUCUCGCUAGGCAUGGCAGCCACUGCGUAUGUCCUGGUGUCUACUGUUCUUACACUGAUGGUUCCAUGGCAUACGCUCGACCCAAACUCAGCACUCUCAGAUGCAUUCUUCAGACGUGGAUAUAGCUGGGCCGGGUUCAUCGUGGCUGUGGGAUCCAUCUGUGCCAUGAACACUGUGUUGCUCAGCAACCUUUUCUCUCUCCCGCGGAUUGUGUAUGCCAUGGCGGAGGAUGGCCUCUUCUUCUCUGUCUUUUCCCGUGUCAACCCUGUAACCAAAGUCCCAGUGAUCGCCAUUCUUGUUUUUGGCAGCCUUAUGGCAAUCCUAGCCCUCAUUUUUGAUCUAGAAGCGCUGGUCCAGUUCCUCUCCAUUGGCACUCUGCUUGCUUACACUUUUGUAGCAGCCAGCAUCAUAGUGCUCCGCUUCCAACCGGAUAAAAGUAGUGGAAGCUCAGGAGGAGGUGGAAUCAAGACAGAUGCUUCUUCCACACCUUCACUGAACCAGUCAGGACAGCAGGUGGACCCAUCUGCGGCUGUGAAUGAGACCCAGACGUUUGCACAAGACGGUGGAGAGAUGAAGGAGUAUGAGUCCUUCUCUGAUAAACUUCAGCUGGUGGAGCGGCAGAAGGCGGUGAAGGAGAGACGGGCUCCUGGUUUGCUGAAGGCUUGCUGGGAGCCAUAUCUGGGCAGGAUACUAGGGGACUGUGAGCCAGGUGAGGUGGUGGCAUUCUCUGUGCUGGCACUGAUGGUCAGUGGAGUCUCUCUUUGUGCUGUGCUGGUGUUUGGGAAUAACCAACUGAAUUUGCCUGUGUGGAGCUUCACCCUGCUGCUGGUCAUCUUCAGUCUGGUCUUCCUGCUCAGUCUGGCUCUCAUUUGGGUUCAUGAACAGCAGCCCAAUCACAAGACUUUUCAGGUUCCUCUUGUGCCAUUUGUUCCUGGCUUCAGCAUCCUUCUGAAUGUAUUUCUCAUGCUGAAGUUAAGUCCACUCACCUGGAUCCGUUUCACCAUAUGGGUUGCAGCAGGUCUGUUGGUGUAUUUCGGUUAUGGCAUCUGGCACAGUAAGGAGGGAUUGCGGGAGCAGCAGGGACAGGAUGUGGCAGCGUGUUAUGUGGUCCUUCCCAGCGGCAGCUUAGUGGAGACGGUCCAAAACGUCCAACCUGAAGGACACACUCUCAGCACACACACACCAACCCAUGACAAUCCACCUGCCAGCAGAUGAUCUGAUCACGCUGAGGUGUGUUUACAGUACACCUGCAUGCAUGCCUGUUCUACUUGCUUUUCUUUCUCUUCAGUUUACUGAUAAUAUGUCAGGAUAAACUGUUAAUCAAAAAGAUGGUUUAAAGGAAUUAUCUGGGUUCAGUAUCUUUUGUGGCAUAAUGUUGGUUACCACAAAAAAUGAUUUGGACUUCCCCCAUUUUCUUUAAAAACAAUAGGCAAUGAUAGUAAAUGGGACCAAUUUUGGAGGACUUAAAAACAGGAAAAUGCAUCUUAUUUUUUGUAAAGAAAUUCCUCUGUUAAAACUGUUAUUGUUUGAGUUGUAAAGCUGUUUAAAUCAUUUUUACAGUCAAGCAAUAUUGCAUAUAUAUAUAUAUAUAUAUAUAUAUAUAUAUAUACCUUUACAAAGAAAAUGUUUAUUUUUUUUUGUCUUGGUACUAUAAUUAAGUUACUAUAAUAAAGUAAACCAGUAAUCCAGAAUUUAAGUGAAAAUAAAUUUUUGUGGUAAUCAACAUGAUGUCACAAAUGCUGUUAACUGGUCCUAACUUGUUCUGGCUCCAACAUACUUCUUUAAAAGAUAUUUUGUAUUUAAGCAAACUAGUGUCAAAUUCCUUGUUCAGCAUCUUAAUCAACUACGGGCCAUUUGUUUUCUUUCUUAUGUAAUAUAUCCACCAUAUUUAGCUACUUUUAGCAACUAUGCUGGCUUGUAUGUGAAUAAUAUAUGAGAAUCAGCAAAGUGCACCAUAAUUCUGUGGCCCAACCGGAUUCAGUAUCUCCAUUGUCUUUUAUGGUGUUUACAUAGAGCUGAGUGGAUCCGCAAUGCUGCUUUGUGAAAGCUGAAACCUUUAAGAGAAGCUGCUGUUUAUCAUUCAAACACUGCUGUAAGUUGUCACUCAAGCAUAUUCUGAGGAAACCUUAUUUGUGUAGUCCAAACACUGAAACACACAGAUAUGAUUACACAGGACAUUCCAUAUCUAUAAUGCAAGAGAUUUGGAGAUUUUGAUUUUGAUUUGAAGGGGAAAUACUGGAAACCAGAUAUUUUUAUUGUUUCUACAAACCUGUGGAAAACACUGACAAUCACUGGUUGUUAACAGAAAAAAAAUGGGGUCUUACCAAAUUCUGUUAAGUGAUCAUGUGGAUCUACUUAAAAUCUAUCUCCCUUCCCCCAUCAUCCCCACACACACACUUUAAUGGCCAUAAUUUUAAUUUAACAGAAGGCAGGAACCAUCAACGGAUCAUGUGAAUAUACUUAAACAUUACUAUAUUUACACACCCAAUAUUUUUGCUGUCUGAUUUACAAACACACUCCUUAAACACACACUAACCUCAGUGGUUCUGUUUCCACCACCUUUCUACAUCUUAUGUUUUCCACUACAUCUCUGCACCUCAUAAAUAUUUAUUUUUAUAAUACAGUAUAACUGUAUAUUUAUUUAUUUAUUUUUCAGUGCAUGCUCUAACCAAAAUCAUGUUUUAAUGUUAAUGUUUAUGAUGUUAAAAUUAAUCAAGUUUUUCAGUUUUUCAUUUGUGUUUGUAUAAGCUUAGUAUGAACUGCCUCUGAGUAACCAUGUUUCAUUUGUGUCUACUGACGCACCUCACCAGCCUUACCUUUGCAAACACACUUACCCCAGUGUUCACAAAUCCUUAUUCCCACACUCAGAUCUGCACAUCUCAUGUGACAUUCACCCAUACUAAACUGCCCUUAUUUUCACACACAUUCACUUAGUGUGGUGUAACAGAGCUGGAACAUUUACUUAGAAUUGUAACCUGUGAAACUGGCUGUUUAUUUUUAGCAGCUGGGUCAGUGACAUUUAUUUUGUUUUUGUCCAGAUCUAUUAAUUGAUUUAAAUUUACCUGAAUUUAUUUUGAAUAUACCUGUUCUAUGAUGAGGAUUAUUUUAUUUCUGAAUUAAAAAAAAAAAAAAGUUUAAAUCCUGCUAGCCUGAGAAAGGUUGAUUGACUAAAAUGUUGCAUGAAUUUAAAAAAAAAAUAGCAUUGUAAUACUACUGUCAUAAUAUCAGAAUGAGGAAAAAGCCUCAAUAAAAGGUUGAAGUUUAUUAAAAAGAAAUAUUUUAUUCUAAUAUUUCUUAGAAAAAAGGCAGUGAAGUGGCUUUGUUAAAACACUGUACAGCUAUUUUAAAAAAAGAGUACAUUUCUAAGAACAUGAUAUCAAUUUUAAGCUACCUGAUCUAAUGACGAAAACAUACUUGUGGGAACUUUUUCUCGGGGUGCGAAAUACGUUCCAGUAAGUACAUAUAACUGCAGUUUCCAACAGAAAUGAACACUAGAGGUGGAAAAACAGCAAGCACUUGUAAUCAUUUUCAUACAUAGUUAUGAUUACAGCUCCAUAUGUUUUGCUUUCCGAACAGUAACAAGCUUGUUUUAGUAGCACAGCUGGCAUGGAAUUGCACUUAGGCUGCGGAAUCCUUUGGUAUGAAUCCUGUGAAAUUAGUAAAAAACUAGCUUAAUGUCCACACACUAGUGCUGCUCCAUAGAAAUUUAUUAAAGACAGACAACGUUUUGUCCAACGAAGACCUACUGGUGGAAACAUUGUCUGUCUUUACUAAUAAUUAAUCAUUUUAAAAUGGCACAAGCAUUAGAGUUACAGGGCUUGUUAAGUGCUGAUGUAGUGUGUCCAAUGAACUCACCAGUGAAUGCUGUUUCCGGGUCCAAGCCCCAACUCAUUUCACUUGAGAAUACUAUCUCAGCAGCAGUUUAUGAGCACUGUUUAUUCAUAUUAAAGAUUUAAGAUAAACGUUUUCAAAUUUACAACGACAUACACUAUAGUCUUUGUGCUCACAGCAUCCCAAACACAAAUAAUUCUUUUAUUUGUCUGGCUAUCUGGGAUUUUGGUAUGGAGUUAAAGGGUAGGAUUAUAAUUUAUAUUUUUUUGGUAUUAUUAUUAUUAUUAUUAUAUCACAUUGUGAGUGUAUAAUUAGCACAGUUUGUUGUUUUCUCAUGUCAUCUUAUAGAGUGUUUGGAGCCAGAAGUCACAGAAGAGGUGAUGCGUGAUGUCAGACUUAACAAGCGAAUAGAGCCACUUAACAGAUAUUUCAAGUCAGAACUGCGGACAUGUACAAAACCAACGUCACAUAAAACAUACCAUAUGUACGUUCAUCUGUUCCGGGGAAAAACAAACACUCUUUUAGCGGCACUCAGAGGACAUUUCACAUCGAAUAUGUCAUGAAGCGAUAUGUAUUUUGAAUCUUGUGAGAAAGUUCCCACAGGUACAUUUUUGUCAUGAGAUCAGGUUGAUUUUAAACUAGGCUUUUAAAAUAUUUUCCUUUUCUUUAUUUUGAGCACUCUUAUUUGUGAACAGCCCAGCUCCAUGUAGAAAUUGGGCUUUAUAAUUUAUGUUGAUCUUAAAGAUGAACUCAUUUUAUGUUGAUCGAAUAGUCAAAAUUAUAUGUGACUCUGGACCACAAAACCAGUCUUAAGUAGCAUUGGUAUAUUUGUAGUAAUAGCCAAAAUACAUUGUAUGGGUCAAAAUUAUCGAUUUUUCUUUUAUGCCAAAAAUCUUUAGGAUAUUAAGUAAAGAUCAUGUUCCAUGCAAAUAAUUUGUAAAUUUCCUACUGUAAAUAUAUCAAAAUUUUUGAUUAGUAAGAUGCGUUGCUAAGAACUUAAUUUGGACAACUUUAAAGAUCAUUUUCUCAAUAUUUAGAUUUGUUGCACCCUCAGAUUCCAGAUAUUCAAGUAGUUGUGUUUUAGUCAAAUAUUGUUUUAUAACAAACCAUACAUAAAUGAAAAGCAUUCUGAUGAUGUAGAAAUCUCAAUGUCAAAACAUUUACCCUUAUGACUGGUUUUGUGGUAGUGCAUUUUAUACACAGUGGAUACUGUAUGGACAGCAGAUAUUGGAAAAUAUGGCAUACAAAAACAAAAAUAGGAUAUUCCCUUUCACAAGCCCCUGUAAUCUCCCUCACCCCCUAGAUUUGCAACAUCCCCUCCCUCACAGAUUGACCCAGAUUAUCUCUGUAGAGAAAAUCAGUGCAGAUGGAGAUUAUUAUUGUCACUCGGAUAGCACUACACACAUUCACAAAGAUAAUUAAUAUGAAUAUAAUGAAUGUCAUUGUUUUACUUUAAACCUGUACAUUUGAUAGUUGAGUAUUUACAUUCCUACAAAUGAUUAACACUUAAAAACACUCUUUUUUUGUAUAUACAGAAAAUGUAAAGCUAAAUAUUCCUUCGCACACUGCACUAGACUAAUAGCUGGUCUUCAUUUCACUGAUGUGCUGAUUAAAGUAAAAGGCCCACCACAUCUCACCCAUCUACUGCUUCAGACACAAUGCACUUGUGUUUGUUCAAACCUUUUCAAUGGAGAUUUAUAUUCUCAGUCUGUUUCCUUCUUUCAUUUAGCUAAGCCUGUCUGCCAGUCCAGUCUGCUGUAUAAUCCACUUCACGUCUUUCUGGCAGCCAGACUUAGUUGUGUAAUGCAGAUAUGAAGACAAGUAAAUGAAGGCACAAGAUCCAGUUAAGAUGUACAUACUCUAUUUGUGUUUGUAAAUAUAGCACACGUAACCAAUGGCCUUAAUGAUGCAGAUACUGAAGCAUUCCCAAAGUUUUACAUACAGCUACUGUAGACUAUAGUCUUAUUUGUAAUUUUGUGGUCUUUAAUAUUAUUCAAUCAAAGAUGAAAAUAAGUAUAAAGCUGGGAUCUGUUUUAAAGAAAUUUUGAAGCACCUCUUUUUUGGCCUGUCCUCUUUCUAAAGCUUCUGUAUUUCAGGUCGUGUUUGCCUAUGCCCUGCUCACUUGCACUGUCAUCUCUUUCAAAAUGCACCACUUAGUAAGAAAUUUCCUCUUUGUUGUGUCACUGAACACAUACCUCUGUUUUGUGUCUUUGUAACAUUCUGUUAUGAGAUUGUAUCAUGUGAUGAAUAAAUGUUUUGAAGCAUCA